AAAGGCAUUGAUAAUGUUUUUUUUUAAUUUUUUUUGAGUUCAUGUUAAUACAUCAUCAGUAUCACCUAAAUUCAGCUGUUAAACAACUACUUUGUGUGUGGAGCAGGUUAGACUCUGAGUUACAUUUUUGAAGCUGAGUGGUUUCAGUACAUUAACCCCAAGCCAUCUUAUGCUGCUACAUGUACUUCUUGUUUAUCUUUCUUUCAGGUGAAGAGGCUGUGUAAGAUGCAUAGGAGCACAAAACAGCCACAGCACAAAAUUUGUACUCUCUUCUCCUGAGAACCAGCAAACUUUUCAUACUUGUGUAAGCCCAUUUCUGGGCAUUCCUUAGAGAAUUCCCUCUGCUUUGACCAACGUGAUUUUUUUUUCUCAUAUAUCAGUGAAAAUGAUGGGUUUUAAUCUUCAUUUACUCCUGUAUUCUGAAGGGCAAGAAGAGACAGAAUGGUGACUGAAAAGAGGCUUUGAAGCUGCACUGAAAGAAGUAACUCAGUGACUUCCUCCUUUUGUGUUUGUCAGCCUUCCUCAGAGCGUGCGAGUGUUUUGGAGGCAGGCAAAAUUGAGACAGGAUGCAAAUGAGUGAGUUAAAACUGCUUUUUCCACAGCUCUGAGGGACAGGCUCACGGAUGGCAGGGGAUGUCACCUACGCGGCCGUGGCAGUGCUGCCGAGGGAAAGACCACACUCUCCUUCAGGGACAUCAAACCCAGGUAAAACCUCUUGGGCACACACUUUCUGCUGUCUUGAGCUCUUCUCUCUUUCUCUCUCACACAUUUUAAAUUUGGGAAAUCUAGAAGAAUGCCAUAAGAUGCUGCAUGGGAAGGGCAAGAAGUUGGAACCACCUGGUUCCAGGCUUUAAGCAACAGAAUGGGAAAGCAAAAGUGUUCAUUGGUUGAGUAAUGAGCAUAAUAUUUCUUUUUAAAUGAGUAACAUGACCAAGACAAUGCUCCACUGAUUUACUAUCUAGGCCACAAAUCAGAUCAAUGUUUAUCUUCAUGGAAAAGGAGCAGUAAAUCACCUAGUAAAUCAGGAAAGUGCAGCCACUGUCACUGAAGUACUGAAUGUCCCCUAAAAACUUCCUGCUCUUUCUCUUUAAUAUUCCAGUGGUGGUUUUCCAGAACCAAAUUAUCAAUCUGUGAUCACUUCAUAUUUUUGUAAAAAAACCCCAAAGGAUUAGGCCAGUAUUCAGGGUAAAUUUUCUGAAGAAAUGACAUUUCUACUACUUGGGGGAAAAAAAUGUAAUUCAUUCAUGAAAGCAUUUGGACAAAAUUCAGGAUGACAACUAAUAUUAAUGACAGCUUAUGAGCAAAUAGGAAAUGCUUGUGGCAUCAGACUAAGGAUGUUUUCAUACUUUCAUUAAUAAUUAUUGUAUUUAAUCCCUUAAGGAAACAACAUUGUGUAAUAAGCAUUUUUAGAUGUUCUACUUACAGUGGAGAUUAAUAGUGAUUAUGGUGCUCUGAAUACAUGCACUUAAAUGACAGAAAAGAAUACCUUUUGUAUAUCUUUACAAGAUUGGUAUCCAAAAGAUAAAAAUUAGUUCACUUUAUUACAUAUAUGGCAGAAAGACUACCUUAGACUCUGUGUUCAUGCACCUAUGGAUGUUGUUUGCAUUGCUGUGACCUGUGCAACAAAAAGAGGGCCUGCCUGGAAUUUUACCCAGUAUCAAAAGUGAUAAAACUUAUUUGUGAAGGGAGAUAGAGAUCAAAGCUUGAUUAGAAGACAUCCAAAACCAUUCAUUGAUCAUGCUCCCUAAAGGAAAAGCUCAGUUUUGGACAGGUCAGUUCCAAUGAAAUUUACCAUUAACACGUGGAUGGCUCUUAGUAAACUUUUGUUGAACUGAUUUUAACUCUUUAUAUUUUCUCACAUGAGUUACUGGCCAUGAUAAUUAAGUGACUUCUCAAUGCCCUUUUCCCUUCAAACAUUUAACUUCUCAAAAAUGCUAAUAAUUUUUGUGGAUGUUCUUUUCAUACUCCAGUGCUUCCAUCUCCUUUAAAAACAGGCACCAGAGAUCCACCCAGUAUUUCUACAAGUCUUAGUAAUUCUAUCUCAAAUAUACAGAGACAAAAUCUCUGAACUAAUCUUCUCUUCACUGUUUACAGCUCCCAGUCUCACCUUCCCCACUCUUAUGUCCGAUUAUUCUCGAAUACAUUUGGUUUGAUUUGGCUUGGAUUUACAGCUGGACUUCAGCUGCCACUCAGGUGCUCUGGAAAAUGAGGAGAAAUUUGGGGAUUCUUUGCUGCUCUGGCAGAGUGUGCUGAGGAGGACUUAGCAAUGGCUCUAUCUGUGCACAGGCUUUGCUAGGUGCAGGUGCUGAUACUGUGCAUGUGCUUCAAACCAAGUGUUCAAAAGUAGAAAAGUGUUCCCAAAUCCCAGCAAGGCUAAACACACGUGGGAAUCCAUUUCCCAGCUAAAGACUCCAGCAGUUUUUGUGUCCUGGUUCCCUCAUGGAUAAUUUGAGAGUUGCCCAAUUAUGAAUCCUGAGUGGCUACACAGAACUUUCCUUGGGAGAAGAACAAACCAAGGAGAGUUCAAGUCUAUCACCAAACUAACCCACAAGCAAUUGCAGCCUGCUAUUGCUUGUGCCCUGAACUUCUUGUUCCCCUCCUUUACCUCCUGGGCUGCUCUGGGUAUUGACCAGGUCCACCUGGAGCCUCUAAUAAUGUCCACCAAUAAACAGAGAUGUUUUUCUGCACCUGACAACAAGCACAGAGAAGUGAAUUUUUAUUUUUAGUGGCUAGCGGAGAUCUCCACCUUGUUGUUGAAUUAGGUGAGGGUGUGGAAGCAUCUGGCAGAAUUAAAGUGAUGUUGUGUUUUAAAACUCCCUGCUGACUUCUGAGGACUUUGCAUUCAAAUAAUCAUACCAGCCCAUACACACUGUAAUAGAAGGAAUGAUUUUGGUUCAAUAUUCAGCUUGCAUGGAUGAGUGUUUUUCUUAUAGACUUAGAGAUAUUCUUUGAAGGAAUAAAUGUGCAUUUGAGAGACAAGGUAUUUACUAAUAGUAGCAGAAUGUCUAAAACACUUAUUUUAGAAGUACCUCCAUUCACAGGUUUAGUGCAUUUAGAAGUCCUGAGUGUUUUUGGAAAAUUAUUUACAUUCUAAGAAGAAAAACUUUUAGGGCAUUUGAUUUGAGAACAAUUACAUUUAAUUUAAAAAUUUUCUGUAGUUCAUUGAACUAAUAAAUUGAAAGAAAGCAAACAAUCAAGGUCAGAAUUGGGUCAGAUUCUCUAAAGCAUAGACUGUCUCCCCGAUAUGAAUAACCUUAUUUGCCAAUCAGGUUCUCAGUGUUUUUUUUUUUACUGUAAAACCUCUCCACACUUGAGAAAGUCUCAUAUGAAAUGCUGGCUCAUUUUAACCUAAUGAAACUAUCUUCUUCUGCCAAGUUUUUUGCCUGAUCAGUGAAAUUUAAUACAACACUUCUUUUUAAAAGCCCCAGUGAUCACAAACUAGGGUGGUGGCACAGAAGCUUAUUCUUGACACAAAUGGAUAAAAAUCCCUCCAUUUAUGAAGCCAAAAGCAGUGUCCCAAAGGUCCAAAUACCUUCCAUAACACUAACCAGUUGCUCUGCAAAAUACCCAGGUAAAUGAUAUUGAAAACAUCUUCAGAAAGAAUCCACGUGCCUUGAACCCACACAGUGAUAUUUUAAUGCCAUUUUUAGUUUUGUUUCGGCUUUUGGAAAAGCAUGUCUUCAACCAGCAGAUCCAUUCAUCUGUCACUACAGGCAGCACCUGAAAUAUCCUGGGAUAAGCACUCACAAGUCAGGAAUGCCCUCAGGAAUUACCUUGCUGCAGCAGCAUCUCUCUGAGUGCUGGUUUUCAUCUGGCACAUCUCUGCCCCACAAAGCAGUCGCGGUCUGGUGCCCCUCCAGCCCCUGUGGUACCUCCUGAGAUGGCUUAGCAACAGCUGGGAUGCUUGCCAUGGAUAGGAUCCAGCUCCUUCUCAUCCUUCAGCCUGUUUGCCUGGCUCCUGCUCCAGCCACACAGCACCCAACAGUUCAAAGCUUAUGGAGGAGGUGGUAAAUCAUCAUCUCCUCUGGCUGCUGACAGCAGGAGGAAGCGGUAAAUCAUCAUCUUGCCCGCCGUUGCCUAGGAAAAGGAAAAUGCUGAACAAGCAGCCCUGGAAACACAGCCCCACUUCUCACAGAGGCUCCACCUUUAUUAUUCCUGCACUUGGUGACUGGCACAGGCACAAAUGUCAGCGUUGCCCUCUGCUUACAGGAAACACCAUCACAUACGCCGAGCUGCAUGUGAAGCCCCAGCCCCAAGGGAACAGCAGAGCAGAGACUUCCACUCCUGGCUGCCAGCACAGGUGCUCAGCCUGGUUCUACGUGGCGCUGGUCCUGGCAGUCCUCGUGCUCAUCCUCCUGGGAGUCGUGGCCAUACAAGCCAAGCAGUUUUUGAAGGGCAGAGCAGGAAAAUCAGCAAGCUUGCCCCAGUAUGGUCUGAACAGCACCAGCAGUGACAUUUCUUCAGAGAGGACAAUCUCAGCAGCGCUCCUGAAACAGCUCAAGGAGGAGCUGUGUGAAGAUGGACAGGGCACGACGUGUGAGCUGUGUCCCCCCGGGUGGCAGCUGCACAGGGGCAGAUGUUACUUCUUCUCCGAGGAGGCCAGGAGCUGGGAGGACAGCCAGAAACACUGCCUGGCCAGGAAAUCCCAGCUGCUUGUCAUUGAGGAUGAAAUUGAGAUGGAAUUUAUAGACAACAAAGACAAAGAUACCAAAUAUAUCUGGAUUGGCUCGGACACCAAAGACGUGGAGAAAACGUGGAGUUCAGUGGAAGAUCACAGAGUAAAAGAAAACAGCAGGACAGCUCUAAAAAGCAUCGGGGCUGACAAGAACUGUGCUGUUUACAGAAGGAAAAAUGUGAUCCAGGCAGAUAACUGCCAGACCUUAAAGGAGUGGAUCUGUAAGAAGAAUGCAACUUUGCUGGUGCUCUGAGCCACAUUUCCAGACAACAGGCACAGCUUCUCCUCAGAAGACCCAUUUUACAGACAAACCAACUUGUGAUGUAAAUAAUUUUCAUCAGACUUGCAGGGAAAUUUGCACUUUGCUGUGCUGUGCUCCCUAAGAAGUCAGAAGACAGGUCCUGCAACAGGCCUGCAAGCUGGGACAUGAGGACUUUGGGGUGCUGAGCCUUCACACAGAGAGAUUUUGGCAGCAGCUGCCUCAGGAAGGGUCAGAGGAGAAGAGACACUCGUGAGGAGGAGCACUGUGAAUGUAAACAGUGUGAUGUAGAGGAAUUAUGGCCGCUGUGGGGGAUGAAGGCUGUGCUGGGCCCUCUGCUGUCACCCCUGCCCACAGGACAGCUGCUGAGCUGAGGAUUCUUAUUUGGGUUUCAGAAUUUUAGUGUUUGCUGAAGUUUGUGGGCUUGGGGUUUUGUGGGUUUUUUACCUUGGGGUCUAAUGGUGACUCACAGAAGUCACUUGAGAGCUGGAAAAAAAAUGCAUUUAUUGGACUUCUUCAAAGCUGCUGCAAAGCUACUGGGUGGAGACAGCAGACCAGACAUGGAGUGACUUGUAACACUUGGGGUUAAUGUGCUGGUCACUCCCAUCCUCUUCUGGUGCUGAGCCUUGGAAUCAGAAGGGAUUAACUAGGGAAAGGACUUGGGCUGUAAGACAAACAUGACAGUGCAAGCAAAUAAAGUUGAUAAGCUUCCUCUCCACCUAUAUUUUGUCCUUUACAUUGUAAAUUCCAACCACAGUUAUGGUAUAAUGAGGUGCCAAAGACUGGUGAAAUUAAUGCCUGGGAGUGCACUCUGUAAAUGCAUUGCUUAGGCAUUGAAGUGUCUGAAUAAAUGCUAUUUCUGGGUCAAGAACACAAAGCUGCUAAGAGCAGUCCGACCUAGUGCCUCUAUUAGAUUCCUAUAUUGGACAAAAAUAAAAUGUCAUGAAUUGAAGGUGCUACUCUAACAAAAAUGGCACUUUAACUUUUCCACUUAAACUGGAAUUUGAGUCCUUAUGGCAAUGAGAAAGAGAAACAAGCCUAACAUGGCUUUUGAGAUGGUGAGCCUUUACCUCAUCUUUGCUAUGAUGCACACAAAUAAAGGCAGCUGCAGUUUCACAGAGAUGUUUCUUCACACCUGCACAUGUCUGGGGAGGGUUAAUGUCCAGCACUUUAGGGCUGCAGAUUAAAAAGUGAACUGUACUCUCAGGGACUUCCCUUCAAACAACAACAACAAAAUUGCCACGCAAAAUGCAGCAUCAGCAGCUCAAAACCCGUCAGACACUGUUGUUAUGUAAGAGGAAACAACAAAAAUCCCCCAAACUCAGCACAGCACGUGGGAGGAACAGGACUGGUUUGCUUAUUCUAGACAGAGAAACAAAGAAAAGGAAUGAGUCUGAAAUAUGUAAGAUAAUAAUCUAUACCUAUAUAAUACAUGCUUUACAGAGAGAGAGAAUUUCUGACUGCUGAGAAAUUUUCACUUCAGGAUACUCACAGCACACCCUUCUCCAUGCAGUUAACAAUUGCUGCUUUUCUGGCAGAUCCUUCUUGAUUCAUGCUGAACUUAACAAGAAAAACAAACUCCUGCAUGCUGGCUUCUCUCAAAUUAGUUGUGGUGUUAAGGUUUUAACAGUAUUCAUGAAACAUCUAUGAUUUGGACCUUCUUGCUAUUAUUCAUAUAACUAAACAACUUUUUGCAGGGCCUUACUGAAGUUCUUACCUACAAUUUAAGAAGUCACUUAUUUAAAAGAAAAAAGAAAUUACCAUUGAAGUACUUCAUCAAACUCCACUAUGAGUAAAUCGAGUUGGCAGAGUUUGCACCUUCUUUUCUGAACAUCACCAAAGAAGUUCAUUGCAUCCCUGAGGAGUCAGAUUCCAGAAGAGCUUUCAUUUUUUAACCUUUGUUAAAAGUCUGGCUCAUUAUGAGGUAUUAAAAAGGGCAAAACAAUCUUUUUUGGAUCAAAUAUUCUGUUUAAUGUCAGCCCCAACAUUAUGAUUAAAGAUUUUUUCAUGUUCAAAACCUGAA